UUCAGCCCAACCCUCCGAAAACCCUUCUCAGUACUUUGAUUUUUCCUUUUUUCCUGUUCUAAUUAGUGACUAGUGAGUGUAUUGAGCUCUUUGGGAAACUAUUCUGUCGAUCCAAAAUCCUAAACACCGAUCGCGGCACAUAAGCCCUAACUUCCUCAGUUCUCCCUCCCCCUCAGCCGCCGACGACGCUAAUCUCUUUCUAUCGCUCGACUUCUUGAUCGAAGAGUGAGCUAUGGUAGGCCAAGAGAAUGUCAAACAUCUUGAAGACUGCUCAGUGGCCAACGCACUGGGAACAUGGGUUUUUUCAGUAGCAGGGGCUUUACUUGCAAUUCCAGUGGGUAUAAAAAGGAAAUCUCUAGCACCCCUUGUGUUCUUUGGCACAACUGGUACUAUGCUUGAUAUCAUCAUGGGAAUUACUGCCUGUGAAAGAGAACAUGCAGAACGCCAAAUGAAGCUACUAGAAGAUCAAAAUUCUGCAGCUGAUGCUUCUCUUACCGAGACAGUAUCUGAAUCUUGACAUCAAGCUGAUAUUUCCAUAUGCCUCACAUUUGGCAGCUGUCAGUUUGUUCGAUUUGCUUGGCUGUAAAAGACAAAAUACUUCUUCGAUCGUCCUUUGUUGAAACGGUAUCUCUUUCCUUUGUUUUGAUUUCCAUUCUUACUUGUUCAUUGUCUUAAAUGUCAAUCUAGAGCUGUUUGCAGGGAAAAUCUAGAGUUGUUUGUGGGGCAAAUCCAACUAGAAAUGAACUGAAAGACUUUUAUCAGUUAAUAAUCCGGUUUAUAUUUAAUUAUCAAAAAAAUAAUUCGGUUUAGGUUUCAUUGAUUUAUUUGGAAGUCUGGAAUAAGGUCAUGGUUUAAUGAGCUGAGAUAUGUUCCUGUAGGUGAUUUCUACACAAUUCUUGAAAAAUCAUUGAAUCACUUUAGAACAAGUUGCUCCGGUGUAAAGUGGGAUACAUAUAGAGUAAUUUUCUGAAUGGUUAGCAUAUAUGAAAGAGUUUAUCUUCCAGCCGGUCCAUCCGAGCUUUCGCAAAUAAUAGCCUUCAAAUAGUUGAUUGCCACGUAGGCUUCACAACUUAAUUACCAUGUGACUGCACAUCAGCCGAUCCAAAAUUCUGAGCCCUCGCCAACCUCUCGCACGAAAACCAUCACCUCCUCAUCCCCUCGAUCUCUAUAUAAGGUCUUUCAGUUUGAUUCCACCGUUUGAGAAGAACCAGACUGCUGCCACACAAAACCCAGAUUGUCACCGCAUGAACCCAGAAAAAAAAAAAAAAAAAAAAAA